AUCACUUCCCAAAUGUUUGUCAGGACCUGUGAUCUUGGCCGCAGCUAAGCGCGCUGGCGCCGGCGUCGGAGCUCCAGCUCUAGUGGGGCAGCAAAAUCAGCCAAUUGCCACCCGGAUAUUGGCCGCUGACCAGCCGAGAUCGGGGCAGCCCCUCGAGGGUCUCGCAGCGACAUCGCGGCCACAUCGAGGUUAAAAUGCUCCAGGACAUCGCUGUACUUAUUCAGUUUCCCCAGAUUGGUUCCAUUCAAACCCCUUCUUCUUAGUGAAGACACACGACAAUUUCGGGUCUGUGUCCAGAUUGCUUAUUCCUAUUUUUUUCCCUCUCAUAUCCCUCACCAUUUGCCCCUCAUGCCUUCUGCCGAUAAGAAACCGAGAACCUUGUAUGACAAGGUAGUUAAUGCGCAUAUUGUCAAUGAGCAAGAAGAUGGAACUAUCUUGCUGUAUAUCGACAGGCACCUUGUCCACGAAGUUACUUCACCACAAGCCUUCGAGGGUCUCAAAAAUGCUGGUCGGAAGGUCCGCCGGCCGGACUGCACUCUUGUCACUGUCGAUCACAACAUCCCAACAUCCUCUCGGAAAAACUUCAAGAAUGUGGACGAAUUCAUCGAAGAGAACGACUCGCGACUGCAAUGUACCACAUUGGAAGAGAACGUAAAAGAUUUCGGUCUCACAUAUUUCGGCAUGGGAGAUAAACGCCAGGGCAUCGUCCAUAUCAUUGGCCCAGAGCAGGGUUUUACACUUCCCGGAACAACCGUUGUUUGCGGUGACAGCCAUACUUCGACACACGGUGCCUUUGGUGCCCUCGCUUUCGGUAUCGGUACAAGUGAAGUCGAGCACGUCCUCGCCACCCAGACCCUCAUCACUCGCAGAAGCAAGAACAUGCGUAUUCAAGUCGAUGGAGAGCUCCCCCCCGGUGUUACUAGCAAGGAUGUCGUCCUUCACAUCAUUGGUGUUAUUGGAACUGCUGGCGGUACCGGUGCUGUUAUCGAAUUCUGCGGUUCUGUUAUUCGCGGCUUGAGUAUGGAGGCUCGUAUGUCGAUGUGUAAUAUGUCUAUCGAGGCUGGUGCUCGUGCUGGCAUGAUUGCCCCCGACCAGACCACGUUCGACUAUCUCAAGGGUCGUCCGCUCGCCCCCAAGUACGACAGUGCCGAAUGGAAAAAGGCCGUCAGCUACUGGUCUAGUCUGGCGUCCGAUGAAGGCGCUUUUUACGAUAAGACGGUCUUACUCGAUGGCAAAGACAUCAUCCCGACUAUUUCCUGGGGUACUUCUCCACAGGAUGUCGUCCCUAUCACUGGGGUUGUUCCAGGACCUGAUGACUUUGAGGACGAGGGCCGCAAACUUGCUUGCAAGCGCGCACUGGAGUACAUGGGCCUUCAGGCUGGUACUCCCAUGAAGGAUGUCCAGAUCGACAAGGUCUUUAUCGGAUCUUGUACGAACGCCCGUAUUGAGGAUCUGCGGGCUGCUGCGAAGGUCGUCAGGGGUAAGAAGAUCGCCUCCAAUGUUAAGCGCGCCAUGGUUGUUCCUGGGUCGGGUCUUGUGAAGCAGCAGGCCGAGGCAGAGGGCCUCGACAAGAUCUUCACUGAUGCUGGCUUCGAGUGGAGGGAAGCUGGUUGCUCUAUGUGUCUGGGUAUGAACCCCGAUAUUCUCUCGCCGAAGGAGCGCUGUGCUAGUACUUCGAACCGUAACUUCGAAGGUCGCCAGGGUGCUCAGGGACGUACACACCUGAUGUCCCCUGCCAUGGCUGCGGCUGCUGGUAUCGUUGGAAAGCUUGCGGAUGUCCGCGAACAUGUUGUUGCCAGCCCCGUCUUGGGCAAGGUGCAACCCAGGGUUGAUGUCCAGCCUGAGACGGAAGACGUCGAUACAGAGGAAGAGUUCGACCGGAUUUUGGAUCAGCCUGCCGACAACGAACCUCAUACUAACACCUCUAGCGGAUCGAGCGCUGGCCUCCCCAAGUUUACCACCCUCAAGGGCGUUGCCGCCCCAAUGAAUCGCUCUAACGUCGACACCGACGCCAUCAUUCCUAAGCAAUUCCUGAAGACCAUCAAGCGUACUGGUCUUGGUAGCGCUCUUUUCUACGAGCUGCGCUACAAGGACGGCCAGGAGGACCCUGAGUUCGUCCUGAACCAGGGCAUCUACCGCAACUCCAAGAUCCUGGUCGUCACCGGCCCCAACUUCGGCUGCGGUAGCUCUCGUGAGCACGCACCCUGGGCACUCCUCGACUUCGGCAUCAAGUGUAUCAUUGCCCCCUCAUUUGCGGACAUCUUCUACAACAACACCUUCAAGAACGGCAUGCUUCCCGUCGUGGUCUCCGAUGAAGCCACUCUCCAAAAGAUCGCCGUAGAGGCCAGCGCGGGCCGCGAAGUCGAAGUUGACCUAAUCAACCAGGAAAUCAAGGAUGCUGAGGGCAACAAGCUCGCCGGCUUCGAUGUGGACGCUUUCCGCAAGCACUGCCUGAUCAACGGUCUGGAUGACAUUGGUCUUACCCUCCAGAUGGAGGAUAAGAUCCGCACCUUCGAGACUAAGCGCACUCUCGACACCCCCUGGCUCGAUGGAAGCGGUUAUCUGAAACGUGGAAACCGUGGCGCUACCAUGGUCCAGGCCGCCCCUGUCCCCAAGACUAACCGGGGAGACGUCAAGACCGAGCCUUUGGAGUGGUAAAAUAAAGUCUCAGUGUCACUAGCGUUUCCGUUCUCUUUCAUUUCUGGUACGACAUGACGUUUAUGCAACUAUACAAUAUCGAUUUUUGGUAAUUGGCGAGCAAAUAUUAGGAAUUUCGGGUUUCGGACUAGAAUGAUUAUUUAUACCUGAAAAGCCAGAUAGCUAAAGUAUCCUAGCUUUACAACAAAUACUAUAUAUACUAUUUAAUAGGUUCA